AUGCCCUCUCCCCGGGAGGGACGAGCAACCAGGUCACGAGGGUCCGAAGACGAGUUUGUGCUGUUUCUCCAAGGAAUCCCAUCCCAGUGUCGGUGGCAGGAAUUGAAGGAUCUGGUACGCCAGACGGCCUUGCAUAUUCGCCAGGCGGUCGUCUAUGAUGACCAGAAUGGGUUUCCCACCGGCUUGGGCCAGAUCAUCGUGAAGAACGAGGAUGAGGCCUGGCGUACCUACCAACGUCUAUCUACUAACGGUUGGUAUGGCCAGAGUCUGGUCGUCACUCUGGCCCGGACCAGCAUGCCCACACAGCCCAUUGCUGGCCCGACCAAGAGUCCCUCGGCGUGCAUGAUGCCUUCGUCAUUUGUGUCUGGGUAUACUACUCCCCCUCAAGCUCCGCAGAACCUGGCCAUCCCAUCUUCUCCGAUGACCCCAGAGCCCCCUAUGCCACCUAGCCCUCCGUACUCGGGAUCCGAGUAUGUACCCAUGAUGAGCCCAAUGGGCAUGCAGCCCAGUUUCUCCCCGCACCAGCGCCAUCACUCCCAGCCAUUUAUACCCAUCUUUGCAGACCCCUUGGUGCAUACCAUGCACCAAGGUGGGAUCCCGCCGUCACCCAUCCUAUCCGUACACCAACCGAACAUCUUUGUCGAUCAGCCUCUUCCCUAUCCGCCGAUCCUUCCCUAUCCUCCCCACCACCACCACCACCACCACCACCACCCUCAUGGACCCUCCCCCCUCCAGCCUCUGCAAGAUGCACAGCUCAACAGCAUCCACAUGAAUGGGAGACCGCCGCCGCCUGGGUACCCGCACAAAGCAGGUUUAUAUCAUUCACAUGCCUCCUCCUCGCCGCCGACCUCGCUCUGCCCUCCUCGCCGCACCGUCUUGGUGCAGAAUCUCAGUCUCGACGCCAAAGCCUCCGAGCUCGAGGACUUCUUUGCCGACGCGGGAACCAUCGACCGCUGCCAUAUCCCCACUGACCCGACCACGGGCCGUCCCCGCGGCUACGCGAAGAUCACCCUCCGCACCGCCGACGAAGCCAAGGGUGCCGCUGCCCUUUACAACAACACCUUCUUUAUGGGUCUGAAGCUCCGCGUCCGCGUCGACCGCAGCAAUGCCACCAUCGCAGAGCCAUUCUCCGGUUUCCCCCUUCACUGGCGUGCAAAGACCCAUCUCCCUCUCCCUCACCCUCACCCUCAUCACGCACAUGCCUAUUCCUAUAGCUACAGCUAUGCUCCUGGUCCCUUCUGGUCCGACCUCCCAGAGGCCAACGGCAUCCCUCUCCACCAGAUAGAUCCAUCAGUCGAGAUCACCUCCUCACCCAGCCAGAAAGAUAUCCCCUCCUCGUCUUCCUCUGCUUCCUCGGCUUCUUCCUGUGGCGAUCCCCCGAGUCUACGCCAACCGCUCGUGGUGAACGGCUCGGGCGUCGCUGCCGACAAGGGUGGAGGAGUCGUGAACGAUCCUGUGUGA